UUAAAAUUAGGCUUCGGAGAAAAAGAAAUAAAACAGAUGAGAAUUGCCAGGAACUUCAACAUGUAACUGGAGGGACUACUUCAGAAGGUACUAGCACAUUUCUUUGGGAUUAUCUCCCCUGCAUGUUUUUUUUUUUAGCGCAGUAGUUCGCCUUUUCAUCAUUUAUGACUAGUAAAAUAAGCUUAUAAAAUAAUUUCCUGUGACUUCUUUUCGACUUGCAUCUUAAAUUAAAUAUGUUAUCACUACCAAGUUACGUUGCUUUUACGUUCAAUGUUUAAACUGUAGGAAUUUGUCACUGCCUGAUAGCAAGAUAAGUACUUUGAUUUGUAGGCUUCUGUUAGUAGAUGCAUUCCUAUUGUCACUGUUGACCAUGUCGUCUAGAUCGAUGGUUUAUCUACUCGAUAUGUAUGUUGACAAUUGAUGUUGAUGCUUCCAGAUGGGCAAGCACUUGUAGACUCUUCAAAUAAUGAUGGAGUUGUGGACUCGUCAAAUAAUUAUGAAGUUGUAGAUUCUUCGACUAAUGAUGGAGUUGUGGGCUCUUCAAAUGGUCCUUUCCCCUUUGAGAACCUUGUCUUUGAGGGUGGUGGAAACAAAGGCUUGGCCUAUGUUGGGUGUUUGCAGGUAAAACAAUUUCCCGGCUCACUAACUAAUCUCUAGAGACAAUAUAAGAACUUUACCGGGAGGAAUGUGGAGUUGCAGGAAGUAAUGGCAUUUUGUGACUGGAAUCAUUAGCAUUUUUAGGGGCAAAUUUAGUAUUUUAUAAUGAAGCGUAAGCAAUAAUUCUUUUAAUGAUUUAAAUGAUUAUGAUCAAUCAUUCCUCAGUGUGUUUAUGCGAUCUUUUCAUUAGUCAUCAACUUAAUUUGUAUUGCUAUUGAGUUUUAAUCUCACUGUCAUUUCUUACAAUGCUUCACAUUUCAUUUCUACUUCAUAUCUCGACAGUACUUAGAAGAGUUGAACGCCAUGAAGCACAUUCGUAGGGUCGGUGGCAGCAGUGCAGGGGCGAUAACUGCAGCACUGGUGGCCCUCGGCUACACCUCUGAAGAAAUCGAGGGAUUCUUAUCUGAGAAUGUUCAAGAGAUUUUUCUGGGUAACUAUGAAAUAUAAUUUUUUUAUCAACAAUGAUCAAGAGGUGGGAAGGGAGUGGUGGAUAAUGUAAGUGUUGCUAUAAAAUCUAAACAAUAAAUUUAUAGCUCUUGAACAAGAAUAUGAAAUGGAAAACUACGGAUUCCACGAAAUAUUACAACUGUCGAUGAAUUAUUUGUUUUAAACUAAGUUUUAUUCCUAUUAGAUAGAGCACUGUUUAACCUUGAGUUUUGAGCACAGCUUGGGAACCACUGAGCUAGAGGGUUUAAAAUUAUCUAGGCUUGGUGACACUCUGAACUUAUAAACUUAAGGGUUAGAGAAUAUCUUGUUAGUCAAGACAAAAAUUCUGAACUUAUAAACUAGAGGGUUAGAGAAUAUCUUGUUAGGCAAUAAAAAAAUUCUGAACUUAUAAACUAAAGGGUUAGAGAAUACCUUGUUAGUUAAAGAAAAAACAUUCUUACCUUAUAAAUUGGUGUGUUAGCGAUUAUUUAGCAAUUGUUAGUAAGAAAAAUAAUAAGAAUAACUGAUCUGUUCUUGUGCUGCUAUCACUGCUAGAUCAUUCCUGUGGCUACCUGAGCCUGCUCCCAAAUCUUAUCAGGAAGUUUGGAUGGAACCCUGGCAAAAAGAUUUUCAAAUGGUUUGGAGACAAAAUUAAAAACAAAUCGAAUACGAAAAAUCCUGACAUGACCUUCUUAGACGUAAGAGAUGUAUUGUUGUGUUUAUUGUCAUGUUAUUUACGCCAUUAUUGAUCAUGUUCAUUAAAAGGAUUAAUAUGUAAAGUAAUCAAAAGCCUCACCUUGACCUUGUUUACUGCAUUCUGAAAGUUUACGGUAUUUCCAGCUCUAAAUUGUUUUCAUAUUUACCAUCAAAUCAGUGGUUAAGAAAUAGCUUCAUAAUGUUUUAAAUUAAUAUUGAAAAAUAUAUUGAAACAAGUAUUUAUUGAUACAUUUACUGUGGUAGUUGUAGGACUUAAGAUCUGUUUCUAGCAAACAGACAGUCCCUAUCUCGGCCAAUACAGUAUCUAAGGUUGUAAAUCUACCACUGCCGCUGUUUUAAUUUGUCCCCCUUUCUUUUCCACUGGCGACAUUUACAAAACUUUCUAUGUCAUGGUCCAUAAUUCCCCCCCCCCCCACUCAAUAACCAUCUACAAUUUUUAUUUUUCCCCCCUUCUUUUCCCCUGGCGACAUUUACAAAACUUUUUAUGUCAUGGGCCAAAAUUCCCCCCCCCCCCCACUCAAUAACCAUCUACACUUAGCACGAUCAUUUUUUGCUAAAAGUCUCUUUUCAUUAACAUUUUUUAACUGUAAAAUGUUUCAAAUAAGUAUAAUGGCGAUCUAUAUUUAAAAAUUAUUUUUAAAAAUUUUUUUUAGAGACAAGCACAAUUAUGUACGUCAUGAUAUGUGGUUAAAAAAAAAAGAUAUUUUCACGAAUUCCCUUACUGCUAUAAUUUAGUUUGUUCAAAAAGAGAUGGUUAAGUGUUUUACAAUUACUCUCAAUGAAUUUUAAAUAAGUCCACCAUCGUUUUCAACAAUUGGGAUUUAAAUUUAAAAAAAAAAAAAAUGAUUUUUUCUUGAAAUGAAUGUUUAGCUGUAUAAAGAAAGGAAUCACAUGGAACUUUGUGUUGUUGUGACAAAUAUAACCCAAAUGAGGACAGAGUAUUGUCACCCUAAAACUACACCAGAUAUGCCCAUUAGAGUUGCACUUCGAAUGUCUAUGGCCAUACCAGGUAGAUGCCCGUACAGUAGGCUUUUGAAAACUCAUUAAUUAUGUUAAUAAAUUUGUCAGUCAUUAAGUACGUCAGCCAUGCGGUAUGUCAGUCAUGAGGUAUGUCAGUCAUAGGGAUGUCAGACAAUAAGUAUGUCAUUCACCUAGUAUUUCAAACAUUUUGUAUAUCUGUUACCGAGUUAAAUGUCUCUGAGUUUAUCGGUCAUAGAAAUGUAUAUAAGUUAUCAAUACAUCAUUUUAAAGUUAACUAUUUUGGGGUGAAUUUAAAAUACAAAUAUUUAAAGCCAUAAAUCAUAUUAAAAUUCUUAUUAAAAAAAUCUACGAAAAUUUCAUUUUAAUCAUAUAAUUAGAGAUUUUACAACAGAACAAAAAUUUACUAAAAUAUAUUUUUGUUAUCAUUACCUCUACUAAGUUUUAGCUUUACAGUUUUUUUUUGUUUCAAUAUUGUAAUCCAUUUUGUCAUACUCCAUUAAAAUGAUAUUGGAAUAGCGUCAUUUAUUUUUAUUUUUUUACUCAAUGUACUUUUGAGAAAGAUCUCAGCAAAUUUCUAAAUUUAAGCAAUUAUUUUUGCAGGCAUAUUUGCUGCUAGAAAAUAUGAGAGCCACGGCCAAAGUGACUUGUAUGUGGACGGUGGGGUGUUAUGUAACUAUCCCAUACACUGCUUUGAUGGUAAGGUCUGGAAUAAUAGUCUUAGAUCAUACUGAGGGAGCCUUUUAAUUUUAUUGUUAUAAGUUUUGACCAUUCUAGUUUGACCCAGAUGGAAAUUCACCAGGUAGUCAGAGGUUCGGGUAGGUAAGAAAUCGGAUUAUUUGGACACGCGACCGGGUGAAGUUUUGAUAAUAAGAUAAUAUGUACACUGGUUGGCAUUAUCCUACUUAUCGAAAUAUAAAGAUAUAAAAAUAUUAUAUAUAAUAGCAACUAUAGUAUUGCUUGACCUUAAAAGUUUAGUAGAAAUGUAGCGUUGAUUUUGAUUCAAAAUGCCUUUAUGAUGACUUUUGAAUGCCUUGCUGUGUGUGCAUUACACAUGGGUAGGGUGCAAGGAAUUCAAACCUCCAUAACAACUUUUGAAACUAUCAAUUUUCUAAACUGAAACCAGAUGCUAUUAUUAAAAUAUAUGACUGAGACAAAUACAUCUGUAGCUAACAGUUCAAUCAAUAAAUUAUAAUUAUUUUUUAAACGUAAAUAACUGAAUGUUUGUAUAUUGAAUUUAGCUGUUAACAUGCUCAUAGUCCAUAUAUAUUGUGCUUUUAAUAUAAAAAAAUAUGUCAUUUAAAAAAAAAAAAGCUUUUCUUAUUUAUUUAAUAACUAAUGAGUGCGAGUGUUAAUUUAAUUUUUUUUUCUUAAUGAUCAUAGAACAGUGGUUCUUAACCUUUUUGGAGGUACCGAACCCCACCAGUUUCACAUGCGCAUUCACCGAACCCUUCUUAAUAGAAAAAAUAAAAGAUGAUUUUUUUUUCUGAUUUUGUUUGGACCUACGCCGAACCCUUGAGACUGACUAACUGAACCCCUGGGGUUUGAUCGAACCCAGUUAAGAACCACUGUCAUAGAACCCUGACAGACAACUCAUGUCUAUGCUCUCAGGUUGGUAUCUGUCAAUGCAAGCAUCUGACAGUUUCUUUGCGCGGGUUGACUCUCCUUUCAACUUUAUGGACAAAAGCAGCUUUGAGGGUGUCAACAAAAAGACACUUGGCUUUUUGCUGGUAAGAAGCACGAAAUGUAAAUAAUUCAUUUAAAAAACAUCUUAGUUGUUAAUCUGAAUGCGGCUGAUGCGGUUUAAUUAAUGAGCAGUCUCUGUAAGAGAACUUUUCAUUUAAAUAAGUGCUGAGGCUUGUCAGAAAUAUUUUUUUUUUAAUGAAAGAGGCUUGAGUGUACAUACCAUUAUUAAAUAAUUAAUUUUAUGAUUCCAUUUGUGUGCGUUUGUAAAUGUGGAGUUCCAGCUGGGAGGAUUUAUGUUUAAAAAAAAAAAAUAAAGUUUAGUCGUUGACAAGGGCAGGAUACAAGUUACAGCGUAUGAUGUGAAUCGUACAGGGUAAGAGAUUCCUUGUACAGGGUAAGACAUUCAUUGUACAGGGUUCGACAUUCAUUGUACAGGGUUCGACAUUCAUUGUACAGGGUUCGAGAUUCAUUGUACAGGGUAAGACAUUCAUUGCACAGGGUAAGACAUUCAUUGCACAGGGUAAGACAUUCAUUGCACAGGGUAAGACAUUCAUUGCACAGGGUAAGACAUUCAUUGCACAGGGUAAGACAUUCAUUGCACAUGAUAAGACAUUCAUUGCACAGGGUAAGACAUUCAUUGCACAGGGUAAGACAUUCAUUGCACAGGGUAAGACAUUCAUUGCACAGGGUAAUACAAACAAUGUACAGAGAAAGACAUUCAUGGUACAGGGUAAUACAAACAUUGUACAGAGUAAGACAUUCAUAGUACAUGGGAAGAAAUUCAUGGUACAGGGUAAGACAUGCAUUGCACAUGGUUAGAAAUUAAUUGCACAGGCUAAGACAUUCAUUGUACAGGGUAAUACAAACAUUGUACAGAGUAAGACAUUCAUUGCACAGGGUAAUACAAACAUUGUACAGAGUAAGACAUUCACUGCACAGUGUAAGACAUUCUUUAUACUUGGUAAGACAUUUAUUGUAUAGGGUAAGACAUUCAUUUUACCUGGUAAGACAUUCAUUGUACAGGUUAAUACAUGACAUUCAUUGCACAAGGUAAGACAUUCAUUGUACAGGGUAAGACAUUCUUUAUACUUGAUAAGACAUUCAUUGCACGGGGUAAAACAUUCAUAGCACAGGGUAAGACAUUCAUUGCACAAUGUAAGACAUUUCAUCGUACAGGGUGAGGCAUUCAUUGUACAUGGUAAGACAUUCAUUGUAAUAGGGUAAGAUAUUCAUCGCAGAGGGUGAGUUAUCACAUAAAAUAGGUCACAUUAUGACACACGUGAUGCAGAUUGUAUUCAAGGAUUGUAAACAGAUGUGCUGCCUUGGCCCUCCCCUGGAAACGCUAAAAAUUAAAUGUUCAUAAUUUUACUACGCAUAUUGAACAUAUUAUACUAUUUAACAUAUUACAUAAGUUGGUAGAGAUUUAAGUAUCACCGGAGCAUGCGGUGUUCCCUGCGGCCCUGCCCACCUACGUGCUAAAUUCUUCUCUUUUGUUGCUGUUACCCUAACGCCCCUGUCUCUAUAUUAUUAUUCUAUUGUUAAUAUCAGUUUGAAGACACGGAGAAGGAGCUGAUGAGAUCGACACUUGAAGAAAGAGUCGGCUCAUUGGAACCCGAGAGACCAGACAAACUAACAAAGCUUUUCAAGUAAGACCCUUUGAGGACAUUGCCAUAUUCUGUGCAACUUCAGUUUAAAGUAGGCCAUUUAAUAAGUGUACGACUUCAGUUUAAAGUAGGCCAUUUAAUAAGUGUACGACUUCAGUUUAAAGCAGGCCAAUUAAUAAGUGUACGACUUCAGUUUGAAGUAGGCCAUUUAAUAAGUAUACCACUUCAGUUUAAAAUAGGCCAUUUAAUAAGUGUACGACUUCAGUUUAAAGUAGGCCAUUUAAUAAGUGUACGACUUCAGUUUAAAGUAGGCCAUUUAAUAAGUGUACGACUUCAGUUUAAAGCAGGCCAUUUAAUAAGUGCAUGACUUCAGUUUAAAGUAGGCCGUUUAAAAGUGUUCUUAUAGCAUCUACUUUAAAUUGUGUUUACUCUAUGGUUACAUAAUUUAAAUAAUAAUUAGAUUCACCUGAAUGGGGGCGUCUACCCACUCCCCCCCCCGUUUUCUCACCCACCGAGGCCUUUGUCAAUUCUGGCAUCUCUGCAUGGUAUUUAAAUCGAGAUUUCCCUUCACUAGGAUUAUGAUUAUAAAUAGUAGAAAUACAAAAAAUUUCAGUAAAAAUUUUUUUUUAGAGCAGCGUUGACCAUGGAAUAAAUGUUCCAAAAAUAGAUUUUAGUUGGCGUAUAGAUCAAUUCUUUUAUUUAAUUCGUACACAAAACUCUUCACCUUAGCGUGACCGUAAUGGUCGGGCGGUGUAAUGUUGUGCGAGAUCAAACUUUUGGAUUCGGGUUCGAUCAACAGCUAAGAAAUAAUUUUUUUUUUUAAAUGAGAGUUUUAAUACUUUUUUCUUUCCCAUAUUAAUUACGUCAUGAGGAGCACUUUAAAAAUCCGGCAUGAGGGAUUUUAUCCCCACCGUCAACUCAGAGUGGAAGCAACUGCUUCCAUUCCACCCCAACCUCUGGGUAGACGCCCCUGUUAACGAAGCUGAGUAUUUCAUUUUUAUGACGAAUUACAAUUAAAGCAGACUAUUUUCAUCGUGUUCUCUGACUUUAAAUUGAAUUAUAAUAAUAUUAUUUAUAUUAAAAAAAAAAACACGUUUUAAGAUGCAAGGAUAAAAAUAGCCAGAAGAAGUUGGAAGCAGAGCUUGACUACAAGGCUAGAGUAGAAGCCAAGGAAGCUUUGUUCAAAGUGAGUAAAAGGGGGGUUGGGGGGGGAGGGAGACUUCUAAAUAAUAAUGUUGUUCUUGAAUAUCACCAAUCCAUUUAAAAAAUAUGUAUAAUCAGAAUAUAUAUAGACUUGAUUCGCUCCCCUCCCUCCAAAACAAUUGUCUUCUCUAGUAAAUCCUCCUAAAUUCCUCUGAUUAUAGGUCUGAACAUUUUGGGUUUCCGGAUUGUACGUGUGGGAAUUUUAGAUGCGUCAAAGAAAAAUGCAGAAUUUUAAGAGCUCGAUUUUCCAAACGCCAAUUAUCGUAAACGAUAUCCGAGUUGCUCCCCCCCCCCACCCACACACACCUUUUCUCUAUUUUAAAAUAUAUAUCUACCGUGCGCAGAUCUUAAGGCAUGGAGCAUUGGCGUACAAACAAUGGAAAAAAGUUCCUAUCUCUGUUGUGGAACAAUCCAGGUUAUAUCAAAUUUAAAGCGGGAAAUUGAUGAUUAGCUUAUUUACAUAUAACCAAGUACAAUAAAGCACCAUAUGCUUAUAAGGCUCACCUAGAUAUUGUUAUAUCUACGUGUGAAGACCCUAGUGCUAACAGUAAAUACAUUUGGUCAAAACCCAACUAAACUGUGACCUUUUCUUAUCCGUUUUUUUUUAGCCAAGUGUACAGCAUAAAUUUGAUCACAUUAAAAUGUGCCCAAGUCCAUUAAUUAAACAAGACAAAAUAUGAAAACGAUACACUUUUAAAGACGAAAAGAAUAGUUGACUUUGAUUAUAACACAAAAAUGUGCAUAUUUUGUGACUUAAGUAUUUUGAACACUAAAGUCUUCAAAUGCACUAACGUCUUUGACGCAAACGUUCCACUGGAGUAUUGGAUAAUCGGGGAAAAAAAUUAGGUAUCCGAAUCUUUACCGUCGCAAAAAAUUCGGAUCAAUAUGCUACUGUAGAAAAAAAAAUUAAUUAGCUAACAAAGUUCCCUCUAAGUUUUGUUGGUUCGUGUGGAAAAUCAAACAUUUGUGUGCAAAGUUUUACAGCAUCAAUUUUUUUGUGUGCAAAAUUUUUCAGCCCACAAACACAAACACACACCUGCAUGGAAAUUUGCUGCGCGGUACUCAAAACUGCUGCGCGGCCGCGUAGCCGCGCAGCUUAAAGGAAACAUUGUUAGCUACCACUUGAUUUCGAUCCCAAAGUAACAUUGAAGUCUACUUAACAAUUUUAUAUAUUUAUAUCGAGUAAUUUUAAUAGACAAUUUCAUGGCUACGUCUAAAGGUGCUUAAAGGGGCUAAUGAGAAAGACCCAGAUAAAAUAGACAGAGAUGAGCUGGAAAAAGCUUUGAUGGAUGUAAGUACUCAAGAAUGGCUGGUAAGACGAUUCAAGUUUUCAGAAAUAGUGGAUUUUAUGGAUGUAAAGUUCAAGAAAUAGUGUGUAAAAUAGAUGUCAGUUUCAGAAAAUGGUAAAAUAAUUUAUUUACUCGUAUCUUAUAAUAUUAAUGUAACACCCAAAACCGCUAAUAUUUCUUAGUUCUUAUUUUAGUUUGCAAAAGAAUUUCGGAAUUAUCAAUUUAAAUGUAUUGGGUGUUACACAAAUUUAACUCUACUUUUUGGCUGGUUUGUGUGAAAAGAAAGAAGGAGAUUAGUUUAAGACGUGUAUAUUUUUUUAAUGGACACAAUUCAACAUAAUUCAGUUUAAAUUAGGACCUCAAAACUUUGUAGAGAAAAAGAAAUUUUGUAAACUUAUUAAGUUAUCAUAACUCCAUUUCUAUAUCUUCUAUUUGCAGGAAAAUUUUUCAAAAUUUAAACCUCUUCUUUUUGGAGAAGACGAAAGUGUUGAGAUGAUAUUCAAUACAUUGGAUGAAAAUCAUGAUGGCAAAGUUGGUGAACAUCAGCAAAUAUUAAACCCGCUUUCUUAACCGUUAAUAUUCCACAUUUGUGUUGUGUAUCACAAGUGUUAAACAUUACUUCACUAUCACAUGUGUUAAACAUCACUUCACUAUCACAUGUGUUAAACAUCACUUCACACCGAGGUCACUUUAAAGAGAUAUUCUAGAUUAACUGAUUUAUGAUUUCGAAAUCGUGUAAUUUAAUGGAGGAACAUUUUCAUCGGUACCGCCCACUUUGAGAACCCCUAGUGUAGAAGAUAUAACGGGUUGAGCAAAGUGAGCGGAAAAUAGAUACCAGAUAGAUAAUUGGAAGAUGAGAGAGUUAUGUCAGCUGUAGGAGGCCGUACUUCCGUCUGUUCUUGUUCGUCCUUCGCAUGCGAAGAUGACCAACGCAAUUUUUGACUUGAGCAGUGACCUUGACUUGAGGCGUAUUUUGUUUAAACUGAGUGAGAGUCGCUCAUUUCGUCAGCCUCACUCUCUCGUCCUUGCCUGCUUGCUCCAAUGGCAAGGCUUAGUCAAGACGACUGGAACUAGACCAGGAUGCACUAGAUGACCAGCAGUGUGUAUGUGUGUGUGUGUGUGUGUGUGUGUGUGUGUGUGUGUUUCACCGUGCUCUUUAUGCGCUCUACAUCUCAUGAGUUGUCGGAAUUUCACUUGUGUCAAGCUCAUAAACACCUGCUGGACUCAAUCUCCGGGUUUGAUUUCAGUUUGCCUUCUCUUAGAUGAGUUGCUAUCCAAGGUUAACGAGUCCCAUCCAUGGCUUAUAUAAUCUGAACAAAGUCGUAUGUGUGGAUACCGGUGUAUUUUGUUAUCUUACUGCCCAAACUAACAAUACUAACUUAAUCUCUUUGGUAUCGAUAUACAUGUCUAUUGAUAUACAUAUAUAUCCAUCCAGUGAUUUUUUCUAGGGUUAGUGCCGCACGGAGAUGGGGUGACCACUCUUCCACUAUUACUACGCAGUUAUACAUAUCAAGCACUAGCUAUUGGCAUUAAACCAAUGAAGCACCUUUCCGCUAAAAUCUUCAUUGCAAUUAUAUGCGCCCCCCCCCCCCCCCCCCCACAUGUAGCUCUUUUGCUUUGUAGAAAUUUCAUUAAAAUGAAUCUCAAAUAUAUUUCAACAGAUUUCUUUCGCGGAGUUUAUUCACUUUUGUGAGAAACACGGAUACAGUAAGACGGUAAAUGGCACAAAAUAAAAACACCAUUAGCAAUUUUAGUCUUUGGAUACAAUAGAUUUUAAAAACGAUUUAAUCAUUUUAGGUUUGGGUUGGGGGGGGGGGAGUUUGGAAAUAUAAUUUUUUUAACGUUAAUUUUUCAAAAAACACAUUGUUCACUAUUCCAGAGUGGCCCACAGAGCUAUUGGAGGAAGGACGUGAAAUGUGUAACAGACUAUCUGUCUGCAGUGCAGGACACGCUCUUAACAAACCUGAAACUUGUCUAUUUCUUGGUAGGUGAUACAGGCCUAUUAAUGUAAACAUAAAGUGAUGUAAGUGUGUAAUGGGAUGAGUUUAUUUUAGGCAAUUGUAAAUCGGGUAAGGUGUAUAUUGGGUAAGUGUAUAGCGUGGUAAAUCUAUGUUAUUUGCAAAUUUACAAAGAUAUCGGUUAUAUUUUGUGGUAUUAUGUUAUAUGUACGUUUUGGGAUAUCCAUAAAGGUCAAGUUUUCCUGAGUGUUAGGGCUUCAAAUAUUUUGGAUACCUUUAUGUCUUGUUAAAAAUAAACAAUCUUGUCUCAUUGAAUCAAGACACCAUCUUGUAUCAAUGAAUUAAUACACCAUUUUACUCAAUGAAUCAAUACACCAUUUUGUCUCAGUGAAUCAAUACACCAUUUUGUCUUGAUCAAUCAAUACACCAUUUUGUCUUAAUGAAUCAAUACACCAUUUUGUCUUGAUCAAUCAAUACACCAUUUUGUCUCAAUGAAUCAAUACACCAUUUUGUCUUGAUCAAUCAAUACACCAUUUUGUCUUGAUCAAUCAAUACACCAUUUUGUCUCAAUGAAUCAAUACACCAUUUUGUCUCAAUGAAUCAAUACACCAUUUUGUCUCAAUGAAUCAAUACACCAUUCUGUUUCAAAGAAUCAAUACACCAUUUUGUCUGAAUGGAUAAAUACACCAUUUUUGUCUUAAUGAAUCAAUACAACAUGUAGUCUCAGUAAAUCAAUACACAAUCUUGUCACAAUAAAAUCAAUAAACGAUCUAGUCUAAAUGAAUUUACAUACCAUUUUGUCUCAAUGAAUCAAUAUACCAUCUUGCUCAUUUCAUCAAUACACCCUCUUGUCUUAAAGACAGCCCUUAAACCCUUAAAUUCUUUAAAUUAAGCUUGUCAUAAAAUAAUUAUUUGAAUAUUAUCUUAAUUUUAAGGCUGGGGAUAAAAACAGAACCGUUGGCAUCAACACAGGCCACAUAGGAACCUCAGACUACGACCUGGAGGAGGAAGACAGGAAGUUUAUUGUGGAAGUAGGUCAAGAUGAAACUUGAUUACUUUAUACAGAAUGGAAAAAAAUUCAAUCAAUUUAAAUUAUUUUAAAAGUUAAUUGCAAUUAAAGUCUUGUGGCAUUUUUUUCUAGACAUCGUUUUCGUAGAAAGAAAUGUUUUUUUUCGGUACGCAAUUCAAAAACAACAACAACAAAAAAAAAAACAAACAAAAAAACUAUGAUUCAUAUUUUAGCUGAAUCACAAGAAACAAAUACAAUAAUAUGUUGAUAUAAAUAGAUUUCAAAAGAAAUAUGAAACAUUUUUUUUUUUUUAAAUUAUUAACAGCACUGUUUUUUUUUAAAAAAAGGAAUUAAACACAAUUUAAAAUGAGAAAAAUAAAUUAUUUUCUUAGAGGGGAAAAAAUUCGACCAAAGCUUUCUUUGAAGAAUACAACCAAAGAGCACGG